AUGGAGUCUACUGCGCCUCACGAUGAUCUCUCCGUUGGAGAUGUGUUCACCCCUCAAGCCGACAGUGUCCAGCCCUCCGUCGAAAUCCCGACCAAUCAACAUGGCGCGGAUGUCCACAUGGGAGAUCGGCUGUCUCCGCGCAAAGAGAUGACCAAUUACACUAUAAACCGAGAUAGUGCGAUGAAACCUCCGGCCUUCGACCCCAACCUGCUUACCGGCAAAGCGCAGCGCCGCAAGAAAAAGAAGAAGCAGGGUAACCAGGCUGAUCUGGCUCGAUCCACAGUCCAUGGCUUCACACCAUUGGCGUCCGCUGAUGAGGACUCGGACUUUUCAACCAAAAGCUCUCGUAUUGGGGACUCGCGUCACCCUAUCUCCGUUGGUGGCAGUCCACGUGUGCAAGCAACCGCUCAUGGAGUCAGUGCGUUGAAGCUUCAACUCGACUCCCUCAAUCUCGCCGGCAAACCCACUGCGGGAACUAGCGGGCUUUGCUCGGAAACCCCCAGCAAUGCUAGUGUCUAUUCUGACAGCGACCAAACUGAGGUCCUGACAAGCUACGAAGUACCUUUGGACCAGGAUUUCGUCAGUGCCGAUGCUGAAAACGAAGAUGGACCAGCUGGUGCAAGUCCUAGCGCAGCCUCUAAUGGCGUGGAUAUGCGCAGUCAAAUUUGUCGUAAAAUGACUGCGCAAGACUUUGAGCCUAUGCUCUGUCUUGGCAAGGGCUCCUUCGGAACCGUGCUCCUUGUGCGCCAUGCUGUCACGGGCAAGCUCUACGCCCAGAAGCAGUUCAAGAAAGCUUCGAUUACCGUGCACAAGAAGCUCGUGGAGCAGACUAAGACGGAGCGCACGAUCUUAGAGAGUGUCAACCGACACCCGUUUGUUGUCAAGCUUUUCUACGCCUUUCAAGACCAUGAAAAGCUUUAUCUGAUUCUCGAGUACGCUCAGGGUGGUGAGCUGUUUACUCAUCUCGCCAUGGAGCGCAUGUUUGAAGAGGAUGCUGCCGCUUUUUACAUGGCGGAGAUGGUGCUUGCGCUGGAACAUUUACACCAGAACGUGGGUGUUCUUUACCGCGACUUGAAGCCCGAGAACUGUCUCCUAGACCGCGAGGGUCAUCUACUCCUCACCGACUUUGGCCUCAGCAAGAUCGCGCUGAGUGACGAUGAUCGCUGCAAUUCCACUCUGGGAACGAUUGAGUACAUGGCACCUGAAGUUAUCCAAAGCAAGCCAUACGGCAAGGCCUGCGACUGGUGGUCCCUGGGUGCCCUGGGCUUCGAUCUUCUCACCGGCGCCCCGCCCUUCCGCGCAAACAACCACACCAAGCUACAGGAAAAGAUUGUCAAGCAAAAGCUCGUCUUGCCUUACUUCCUCGGACCUGACGCUAAAGACCUUCUCACCCGUCUACUGCGUAAGGAUCCCGCUAAGCGUCUGGGAUACCACAUGCCCAAGGAUCUGGUGACUAUCAAGAAACAUCGCUUCUUCCGCAAGAUCGACUGGGCAGCCCUGGAACGCCGUGAAGUCGAGCCCCCGAUUAAACCGAUUGUCACUGAUCCGGCUCUUGCUGAGAACUUCUCUGUGGACUUUACCAACCUCCCACUUAGCCCUACUGCUGCUAAUGGCUUUGAUGAUUUUUGUACCUCGCCGUACGCUGCUGGUCACUCUCGUGCUUUGUCUACCGGGCUCAGUGGUCAGCAAGCUCCUGGUGAGAAUGAUCCAUUUGGUGGAUUUAGUUUUGUUGCUUCCAGCAGCUUGCUGGAUCAGGGAUUAGGUGUUAUGACAGCGGGUUAUUAA